CCGUGAUGAUGAUGUUGUGAGCGGCCGAGCCUCCAGCAGCAGAAACGCCCUGCAUCCUCUCUGCUCUCCCCCAGCAUCCAUCCGCCUCCUCCAGCCGGGGAGGGGCCGCUCUGGACGGCAGGAGAGACUCAGCAGACCCCGCUGAAACCGAUGGCCUUUUAAACCCUCCGGAGAAAACUAAACCCAGCCGAGAAAUGGAUUCCCUGCCUCCCUCCUUCCUCCUCCUCCUCCUCACCGCUUCCCCGCUCUGCUCCCCUGCUGCUGCUGACAGUAGAAUCGGUUGCCUGUUUGAGAACGAGUUGUGUUCUUCAUACGAGAUCUGUGUCAACGAUGGGAUGUUUGGGAGGUGUCACUCUGUUCCAGUGAGGGACGUUUACACCUACGACGUCUCCCCAUCUGUAGUGCAACGUUUCCGCAUUCUGCUGGAGAAGCUGUCCAACAGAGGUUUGACCUGGGAAGAUGACACGACCCAGCAGGUUCUGUCCAGUGAGUUAUCCAGACUCAGGAGGAUUCCCUACCGGCCGCAGCAGAAAGGGCCGAUCUACAGCAGCAGCUCCAGGCCGGCAGCUGAAGCGAUGGACCCAGAAGACCAAAGGGGGAAGCCGGUGGAGGUGGAGCUCAACAGGAAUCUGCAGACUUACCUCCAACGUCUGGGCCUCCUUCCCAAGACGUCAUCCGCCUCCAGCCUCAGCAAACCUGGCAAGCCGCUGCAGAAGCAGAAGCCGCUCUCCAGCCAGCUGCUCGCCUCGCAGGCAGAUGGGGACCUUCUCCUGGCGGCCCUGAGGCGGUUUCUCUCCGCGCGUCUCGCUCUGCACAGCGCUAGGAUGAAGCAGGAAGCUGCCUCUCCUCGGCUCAGGCCCUUCUACAACAGCGGCGUAGAAAAUCCCGGGUUCAAGAAGGAGACGCCACAGUCCAGGCUGGUGAAGACGGGAAGUCCUUCUGCAGCUUCAGCCAAGGAGCCGCUCACAUCUGUGGAUGGCUGUGUCUCCUCUGCAGAGCGGUUCAUAGAGAAGGUGGUGAAGAACGUGGGCAGACAGCAUGUGGACGUGGACAGCCUGACGCCGCAGGACCUGAGCCAGCUCUCCAGCCUGAUCGCCGACGCUCUAGUGGUGGUGGACCAGGACCAGGGACCGGACCGGCCUCUGAGCCGGGAUCAAGGGCCCGGACUCAGAGACCUGGAGGGAGAGCAGAGCGACUCGAGUCAGGAGGCUUCCAGAGCUGAGGAGGAUGAAGUGCUGCUGCAGAACGUUCCCACUCUGAACCCUGAGCCUCAGGAAAGCACGCCGUUACCACUGGCAUUGCUUCAAGAACGGCACACAGAUGCAGCGGAUGAUCUGGCUCAGAGCAACAGCCUCUUCAACAAACUCCUGGCCUACCUGAACAAAUCCUCUCUUUCCGAUCCUUCGUCAGUCAGAAGCCGCUACGAUGUCGCGGCGGCGGCCCCCAGGAGCCGGCAGGUGGGCCUGGAGAACGUCCAAAGUCACACCAGCGAGGCAGCAGUGGCGGUGCAGAAGAAGGACACCACCCAGUCGGUGGAGGAGGUAUCAGAGGUUGCUGGCUGGAUCAAGGAGGUGGUGCCUCCGCCCGCCUCGCUCGUCUACGAGGAGCCGCACAAGAAGACGAUUCACGCGCCGGAGCUGCAGCUGGACGUCAAAACGGACAGGAAGAAGCCGGACGACGACAUUUUCGGCUACGUCAUCACAGACACGGAUCGGCUGCAGACAGACGAAGGCCUUCACCUGAUGGAGAUCUUGGCUCAUCGGGCAAAUAUCCAGAUGACGGAUUUCGCUGAGCUCUUGGUGGUGGGACCGGCUGUGACCUUCAAAGUGAGCCGCAACUCCCAGAACGUCAGCACUGCAGAUGUGGCCAACGUGGCUGUUAAACAAAAAGCUGAUCUGGAGAAGGAAACUAAGCUCAUCAUCCUGGAGGCUGGAGUCGCUGAUGGAAGCCAGAUCAAGCAGAUCCCCACCAAGUACAGCCAGGGAGAAUCCACCAAGUUCCUCAUCCUCACCGUUGUGUGCAUCCUCUGCAUCGUCGGCGUGCUGCUGGCCUCCACCGUGGUCUACUGCCUUCGCCAUCGCUCCCACAACAAGUUCAAGGAGAAGCUCACCAAUCUGGGCACAGACAGUGGCGGCGAUGCUACUGCCACCUAUCAGGAACUGUGUCGGCAGCGCAUGUCGGUCAAACCUUCCGUGGACCGUCCUGAGCCCAUUUCCUCCAGGAUCAACAGCGUCUCAUCUCAGUUCAGCGACGGCGCUUCGGCCAUCAGCCCCUCCGGACGCGGCAGCAUCUCCUCCUGGAGCGAGGAACCUGCCCACUCCAACAUGGACAUCUCCACUGGCCACAUGAUACUGUCUUACAUGGAGGAUCACCUGAAGAAUAAAGACCGCCUGGCGAAGGAAUGGGAGGCUCUGUGUGCUUAUCAGGCUGAACCCAACGCAACCACCACCAGCCUGAAGAAUGGCAAUGCAAAGAAGAACCGCUCCACUGCUGUGGUGGCAUAUGAUCACUCCAGAAUCACCUUGAAGGUGGAGAACAGCCAAGGCAACUCCGACUACAUCAAUGCCAGCCCAGUAAUGGAUCAUGAUCCCAGGAACCCGGCUUACAUCGCCACUCAAGGUCCCCUGCCCUCCACUGUGGCUGAUUUCUGGCAGAUGGUGUGGGAGAACGGCUGUGUGGUCAUCGUCAUGCUGACUCCUCUGGUGGAGAACGGGGUGAAGCAGUGCUACCAUUACUGGCCCGACGAAGGAUCCAACUUGUACCACAUCUACGAGGUGAACCUCGUGUCUGAACACAUCUGGUGCGAUGACUUUCUGGUUCGGAGCUUCUACCUGAAGAACAUGCAGACCAACGAGACGCGCACCGUCACUCAGUUCCACUUCCUGACCUGGCUCAACCAGAACGUCCCGGAGACCAGCCGGACCCUCCUUGACUUCCGCAGGAAAGUUAAUAAGUGCUACCGGGGUCGCUCAUGUCCCAUCAUAGUCCACUGCAGUGACGGUGCAGGAAGAACCGGGACCUACAUCCUGAUCGACAUGGUCCUCAACAGGAUGGCUAAAGGUGCCAAGGAGAUUGAUAUUGCAGCCACUCUGGAGCACCUGCGGGACCAGAGGCCAGGAAUGGUCCAGACCAAGGAUCAGUUUGAAUUUGCGUUGACGACCGUGGCUGAAGAGGUGAACGUGAUCCUGAAGGCUCUUCCUCAGUAGAAAAAGACGCUUCCUGCUGAAGAAUUGUUCCUGUUGUUACUUCUCUUCAUUUCCCUUCGUCUUUGUCCAAUUAUUUCCUGUCUUGUUAUUUUGGUGUUUUAAUUUCCCAGCUGUCUGUUAACCUUGUCAGUUUUCCCAUCUUCAUCUCAUUAGAGUUCCUCUCUUUGUCCAUGUCAUUGUCUUUUUUUCUGUUUUGCCACAUUUUUCCAUAUUUUCUUACUAGCUUACUUUCUGUAUUCCUCUCCAUUUAAAUAUUCUCUUUUUGACAUUGUGGCUGGAAGGCUCUGUAUCCAUCCUGUACAUAGCUGACUCUCCUUCUGUUAUCCUAAAGCUUAUUUUCCAAAGUGACGCAGCAAAUUAUCACAUUUUGAUUGGCUGAUGUCUCAGAUUAUCUAUAUUAGUUUUGUGUUUGAUCAUGAGGAACCUCAUGGGCAUCAGUUGGGUGUAACAAGGUUUGGCAACAUAAUCAAAAAAAAAUUUAGCUUUGUUGUUUAUAAAAUUAAGAUUUAUUUCUUGAUUGUAAAGUGUCUUACACAGUGCUGUACAAAUAAAGCAUGUGCUGGUUAUGGUCAGAAUAACUGAUUUCUGUCAAAUGGUUUUGUACUUUAAUUUAGUAAAUUAGCUCUUUAUUUGCCAAACCUGAAUGUUAGACUGAACUGAUGUCUUUGCAUAAAUAAUUGUCAGGCUUCGCUCAUGUUUUCAUGCUGUAUCUUAGAGAGUAAUUCGGUGUUGCUCAGUGUGGUACUUUGGGUACAACUGAUUUAACCUCCAAUUAAAGCUUGUUUCAUUUCACUGGGAUUAUAUUUUAGAAAACUGAACACGAUUCUAAUGUUAAGAUAUGAUUAUUUUGUUGUGGUAUUUUUAGUGUGAGCAAUAUUAUGUUUCUUCAACCUGAACUGAUCUCUUGUGGACAACCAAUAUUGUGGCUCGUCAGUGAAGUUACAGUCAUGUCUGCCUUAAGAAAAAAUAUUGUAGGAAGACUGUAAAAAGCCACUUAGGUUGCUAAACCUACAUUUAAAUUGCCCUUAUUUCAAUUGAUUAUGGGUUAUUUGUGCUCAAUAUGACUGAAAAAAACAUAAUUGUAUUUUUGUUCUUGUGAUUACAUCAAAUAUCAAGGUACUGCAGCUGAAGCAGAAAUGACUGGUGUAAGGGUAGGAUAGUGGGUUUUAAAUAAAUAAAUUGAUUAUAAAAUGGUUUAGUUUUGCUUCUCAACAGAUCUUAUAUGUAGCAUAAAUGGAUGAUUUGUAAAUAUGAGUAGCAAAAUCUGUUUUCCCUUAAAUGCAUCCUAAAAUUGUUUGCUGAUGCUGUAAAUUAAAAAAGCACAAGAAACCA